GCAAAUUGAAGCAAACAGAGAUGCAAUCCAGGCAAGAGAACGAUUUCUCAAAACAGUCCAAAAAGAAAGGCAACUGCUCCAAACCCAGAAAUAAAAUGAACAACGCGAAUAUUGGGAGCAUAUGCAAAAGCUGCUGGAAGAUAUUAAGAAGGCUAUGGAACAACAAACUCUCCAGAUUCAAUAUCAACAACAAGAAGAGAUGGAGAAAAUUGUUGCUCUAGAAGAGAAUGAGGAAUCCGAGACAGAAUCUGAAGUUGAAUCUGGUGGUCCCAAAGUGGAACCUGUUAUGGAGAAAUCCGAGCCCACCACCGACCCCCUUGAUUCUGAUACUGAUGAGCCUAACGAAUCUAUAGAUGAGAAAAUACCUUGUGAUGCUGAACCCAUUCCGUCUAUAGAAACUAUCACUGAAGACUCAGAGGAAGGACAUGUUGUAAUCAUCGAGCCAGCAACUGAAAGUCAGCCCAUUGAAGACUUGGAAAAUCAGAUCCAGGCACUAAAGGCCAAUGAUGUGGAUAAAUCGAGGAGACUCCCACCACCAUCCAUCCAAGACGAGUCUCCUCCAUUUUUCCUGUUGCCACCACGCUCCAUGUUUCCAAUCAAGAUAUCCAAUUUCCAUAUCGCAGAAUUUGAUUAAGUCUUCAAGCAUCAAACCACUUAAAGAAAUAUCACAAGUUUAU